AAAGGGACAGAAUAAUUUCAUGGGCGAGGGCUUUGGACCGAGAGCCAAGCAGAAAAUAGCAAAGGCCCGUUGGCAGAGGUGCCUGUAGGACGCGGAAAGGAGAAGAAAGGCAAUCCGAACAGCUCUGUCGACAUUCACAAAGCAGGACUCGGUGUCCUCGUCGGUCAGAUAUAUCUUAUAUCGUCGCGCUGUGGGAUUUCAACGCGGAUAGUUUGACGUCGAUUAACAGUGGAGAUCUGGAGAUCCCGUCUGCUGUCUGAAAUAGGAUCAAACUCUUCCUCCAGCUAUGAUGGGAAUGUUAGUUUGCUGACUGCUGCAGCUCUUGUCAUUGUCAUCGUUAUACGUGUUUGCUGUGGGGGAGGAACUUAAAGAACGGCCUGCACUCCCUCAUUCCAUGCAAGUAACCUUUCAACUCCUCGCGGUCUUGAAGCAACAACAAGCGCGACUCUAGAGCUCCGACGGAGAGGACGGAGGAACAGAGGAGGAGGAAAGGGCAGGAGUUCUUAGAGAGGUUGUGUCUCUGGAAUGCCUGGCUCAGGAUGCAGCCGCUGAGCAGUCCACUCCUUUCAGGAGCCAAGGGGAGGCGUGAUUGGCCGCCGGCCUUAUCUGGGUGGAGCUGUAGGAGGGAUAUUACUUAUUCAUUGGCACAUUCUGCAAGGCCCCUCCCACCUCACUGACGCUCUGCCCUUGGCCCCUGUAAGCUGCCUGUGUAUCUGGGAAUGCUGUUGUUGCAUCAGAGGGGCAGUGUUGGAGAUGGCCGAACUCAGGGGCUAAGGUCAGGGUCAGGAUUCAAGGGUCAACACAUCUCAGAAGCUGCAGGGGUAGAUGUGGAAGGACCUGAAGCCAAACUGCAGGCACCACCAGGCAUAAGCUGUAUGCACCGUGGAAACCAGCUUGUCCUAACGCCACCCCUGGAAACUAAAGCCUUUCAUCUAUGAGACGGGAAGCUUACUUUCACUUCCACAGCCUUGUUGCACUUGUUCAGACAUUCUAGAACUCUCUGGAGCUAGUGUCUUUAUUAUUCAACACUGCACAACUUCCCCUGAAACAAUCACCCAGCACAAACAAAGUCACUAUGCGUCACAUCCACGUGGAACUGGCUCGUAAAGAGCCGGCCGUUGAGCUUCCAGCCCAGGACGGGGAUCUACCUCUGCCUAGCACUCGGAGCGAGAGCCCUGAAUCUGAAGUACGGCGAGUCGUUCCCAGACCUUUCGGAGAAGAAGAGAUCAGGCUACAGAAGGUCUACCAGCUAUCCAUCCUCUCCCAAAGAGGUGGUUUCGGGGAAAGUCAAGAGACUCUUCGGCCUGUCCGAGUAGGUAUGAAACGUAGCCUGGAGGGGACGCCGGUCCCUGUCGCCCAUAAGCGUCUUUUCCAACAGGACGGGGAUGACGACGACGAUGAGUCCGAUGGGGAGGUGUUGUGUGGCUCUGGGGUGGAACCACUUUUUUCCAGCUCGCUCCUUGAGCACAGAGACUCAGAAAUCCCUAAGUCGCCUCCCCUUUCCCCUUCACAUCCACCGAUUCCUGGUCGACGGCCAGCCCAGCACAACCACGACAGGCCCAUCCCGGAUGCCUUCGCCCCCCUGUCCCCAAAAUCUCCUCCUAUGGUGGACCCACAGGGCCCUCACUCCACCUGGGGCCACUGCGAGGGAAGCCCUCCCACUCUGACUCCCAGAACCGAGGCCUCCACAGCAAGAAACAUCUCAGCUGGCUGCAACGAUGAGACAAGGGAUGAAGGCCAUAACUCUGUCGACGUCAAGGGCAUGUUGUGCGCCACAGAGAGCAGUUGGGCACCUGUCCCGUUUUCAACACCAGCUGAAGCUGUCGAAUGGGGGGCGACUUUCGAAUCUUCUCCUCCACCAGCAGAGAUGAAGACCUCCUCCUCCUCCUCUAAUGGACUGAGCUCUCUUGAGAAAACACCAGUGGAAGCGAAUGGCCUGGUAUCAGGAGCAUCCAAUUCCUGUCCAGCGAAGAAAAGACUUCUCUCCUCCAGCGAUACAGGAGAGUCCUGCUCGGAGGAUGAGGGUCCAUCUACAUCAAAGCGUAGUCGGCUGGCGCUGUUGGCACCGGGGCUCGGAUUAGCAUCCUGCCGCAGCACUGAUGCCAAGGGUGCGCCCUUCUGGAACCAUCUACUGCCCUCAGCAAGGGAGCUUACCAAGACUGCUACAGACUGUUCACGAUCAGGGAGAAGGCUCAAAGUGGGGAGUCGACUCAAAUCUCGACAGUUACGCAGUGGACGCCGAACAGACACCAGUCGCUCCUGUAGUUCAAUCUCCUCUUUAUCCUCCAUUAGCAGACCUCUUCUUGGCAACUUUGAGGAGUCGAUUCUGAAGGGUCGUUUUACUCCAUCUGGGCGGAUAGAGGGCUUCACAGCAGAGAUCGGGGCUAGCGGCUCCUAUUGCCCGCAGCAUGCCACCUUACCUGUGCAAGUGACUUAUUAUGACACCUCAGAGCACAGCGCCCCUUCUCCCUUCCUGGGGGUGAUCUUGCUAGAACCACUUGGAAAAAAAGGAUACAGCGUACCCAAAGCAGGGACCAUUCAAGUGACCUUAUUUAACCCCAAUAAGACUGUGGUUAAAAUGUUUUUGGUGACAUAUAAUUUUGGGGACAUGCCUGUCAAUCACAUGACCUUCUUGCGCCAUCGUAUCUUCCUGGUCCCUGUGGAUGAGGCGGAGGGGUCAGGGGAGGGGCAGGAGGGCUCAACGUCUGACAGGAAGAAGAUUCUCUGUUACUUGAUACACCUCAGAUUCCAGAGUUCCAAAUCUGGGAAAAUCUACUUGCACAAUGAUAUCCGGCUGCUAUUCUCCCGCAAGUCCAUCGAGGUGGACACUGGGAUUCCUUACGAGCUGAAAUCUUUCACCGAGGUGCCAAGAAACCCCAAAUACUCCCCCAGAGUGUGAGAUCGGGACGCCCUGCAGCAGUGGGGCAGAAGGACUGCGUUAAUAAAGACCCCAUACACUUGAACACAGACACACUUGCACUCAUACAUGCAUACGCAGACAGAUGUAUGUACAUACACACCGAUAUCACACCCUCUCGAGGGCCAGCUCUAGAACUGAGUGUGUAACAUGCAUGCCUUGUGACUUCAUUGAGUUUUCCUCUAGUGCCGUUAAACAGUUUUGCCCUUCACUCUGCCUGCACCUGACCAUUGUGGACCAGUUGUAACCGUGCCCACCAACCCGCUCUAUUCUAAAAAGUUGGUGACCAUCAGUACAUACGGACUCCCUCGAUCAAAGAGGACUGAGUGGAUGUGCAAAGAGGUGGUGAAUGAGACCGACGGGAAUGUAUGGAGGCAAAGCAAAUGGGGAAAAAAGAGACUUCUGAGCACCAGAUUGGAGUUUCGACAAUGGACACCACCUGUAACUCGCCUAUUGAAGGGAAUGAGAAAGUUCUAGAAAUAAGAGACUGAAAAAGUACAUCCAUUCAGUGUCGGCAUUGCGUUAAAGAGCAAAGCGUGGGUCGUAAAGAGGAGAGUAGCUCAUUAUUUUGGACAUUUUCUCUUUUUGGACGGGCAGUUUGGAGGACAUUGCUGUUCCAACUUCUUCUAAACAGUACAACAUCGGAGCAGAAAACAAACUGUAGUAUUUAUGUUCGCAAAUGUCUUAAAAAAAAAAAAGAAAAAAAAAGCAAUAUGCUGCACAACUAGAGUGAUUUAAUUUUUAUUUUAUUUUUUUUGUGGAGGUAGUAGGUGCCCUCUCUGUUAGGAUGGAGGGAAAAGAUUGCCAAGUGAGUGAUGGAGGGAGGGGAAAAAGGAGGGAACGGGAGGGAAUCCGGGGUAUUUAAAAUCAGAAAAUGUUGUUUAUGUAUAUUUUAAAAAUCGAUUAAACUCUGCGACUUGCGGGUGAAACGAGCGUUUGAUCGUAAUUUGCCAAGGGAUACUUGAGAAGCAAUGCCAAGGUUUGCUCCUGUAUGUUUUGUGUAUGAUCAAUAAAAUAUGUUCACUUACGACAUCGAA